AUGCGGGACUCCACCCAUACGGUCGCCCAGAUCAAGGCUCAUGUGGCCUCCCCGGGAGAUCAAGUCGUGCUCUUGGCCGGCUCGCUGCUGGAGGAUGAGGCCACCGUGAGCCAGUGUGGGGUGGAGCCCCUGAGCACUCUGGAGGUCGCUGGCUGCAUGCUCAGAGGUAAAGUCCAUGGUUUUCUGGACCGCACUGGAAAAGUGAGAGGUCAAACUCCCAAGGUGGCUGAACAGGAGAAGAAGAAGAAGAAGACAGGCCGGGCCAAGAGGUGCAUGCAGUAUAACCGGCGCUUUGUCAGCGUAGUGCCCACCUUUGGCAAGAAGAAGGGCCCCAAUGCUAACUCCUAA